AUGAACUCACCCCACCCCUCUUUUUCGGGUCGAACCGGUCGUCUGCCCGCCCUAAUCCUAAGACCCUUCGUCUUCUUCUUCUCGCAAAGCAAUAUCUGGUUUCCACACGGCACUGCUCCAUGGCAAGUCGAAUGGAUCCGGGAGGAUGCCGUGGUCCGCCGUGCGGAUGUCGAGGCAGAGGCAGAGGCGAGGCAGAGAUGGGCUGUUGCGUUGCAACUUGUGGGAGGCCAACAAAAAAUGGACUUUGAUGGUCAUGCAUGCACGAGGAUGCAAGAGUGUUUCAGAGACCGCGCGCGCUCGUGGACCGAAUCCAUGCCGAAUGGCAAAGGCAAGCGAGAUAGAGCGCACUCGCCGCGUGUCGGUGGUGAGGAAAUGCGAGCUCGUCCGUCGGAGACCGAAACCGGCAAUGUGCAAUUCUUAGAAGUAGAGUGCCGGGCGGAACCAUCCGCCGUGGUCCCGUCCGCUGUGCUCCCAAUACAAGCCAUGUGCAUGAUCGACUUGGACAUAUUCGGUGUCGGCAUCGGACCUGCGACGUUCCUCCCACAUGCAGCUCCGCAGCCCAAGGAAGCGAAAAUUCCCCAUUUCCGCCUACAUUCUCGUCGUGCUUCCAGACCGCGGAAUUUGUUAGCUGUCACCUUUCAACCUCCCACGAGGGUCAGAGCACCGGACGAAGACGAGAAGGAGCGCAAUUGGCUCGGUGAAUGUCCUGGCAAAUUGGCGAGCUACGGUAGCGACGAGAUCUACCUUGAGAUCCGUAUCCAGUCUUUGGUCAUCCGAGAUCUGGACGUCGCUGGGAGUUUGGAGCAUCCAUUCGUGAGCCGCACUUCCGACACGGGCGCAGGAACAGGAACCGACGCCGUUCCGACACCGACAGACUCGCCCGUUGAUAACGGUAAACGUGGGACGCAACGGGGUGGCUCGGUGCGGAGGGGAGCCGACUGGGAGGGGUCGGUGAGAGAGAGUGGUUUCCAUGAAUGGUUGCAUGCAUUCGGGCUGCAAGUGACACCCCCGUCACAAAGCAGCAACUCCGAUGUGCUCUGGUACACACUGCACACGAUCCCGCCUGCGUCGGCGUUCGAUUCGCCCGGCGUCGAAGCGUCGCUAUUCGGCCAAUUUAUUCACCGAAACCGCCAUCGAUCUCUGGAUCUCGUCCGCGCACCACGGCCGCCUUCACUUAUGCUGCAUGGCAUGGCAUGGCAUGGCAUGGCAUGGCAUGAUACCGAACUGCACUGCACUGCACUCACCGACGACGACACGUGCCAUCACGGUCAGGAACCCAGCCGAGCGUCCAGCCCCUACGCGACUACGCACCGGACUCUCUCGCACGUAGCGCUCGCUGCCACAAGACCAGAUGUCACUUCCCGACACAACCCAGACCUCGACCCGGCGGACGCUUCGCCACCAUCACCGCGAUCCGACCGACCGGAGUGGGCCUAG